UUCGUCCAACAUUCAUUAUUCUACUUACCUGAAGGUUAUAUUAACACUUAAUAAAUUUACCAUUUCUGUUUUUUAUAAACUUUGUGCAUCAGUAUUGUUUUGUUAGAGUGGACCUAAAUUGUAAUUAAAUUAAAAUAUUCCUUGGCCAACGCGGGUGACGGCUUUAGCUAUGAUGAUGUCGAGAAGUGGUCGGAUCAGCAUGCUGCUGGAGGCAGCUCGGGUGAUGGAGGAGGCUGAACGAUUGCUACAUGUUCAUGUUAAGGAGGAAACAAUUGAGAUAGAAGACACAUCAACAUCAAACGGGGAGGCAUGGGAGGACACCGGAGCCCUGACUGAACUGGCAACACCGCAGGAUGACCCAAAUGCUGAUGAUGAGGUCAAAGAUGACCUCGAGUUGGGUCCAGUGCGGCUGGUGCGGCCCGUCGUAGCUUACGCCAUUAGUGCUGCAAUAGAAGAGGCGCGGGCAGUUGCAGCCGGACAGCAACCGGCUGAACAACAACCAGCUGAACAGCAACCAGCCCCCUCACAACAACCAGUUCCUUCACAACAACCAGCCCCCUCACAACAACCAGCGCCCUCACAACAACCAGCCCUCUCACAACAACCAGCGCCCUCACAACAACCAGCACCCUCGCAACAACCAGCCCCCUCGCAACAACCAGCCCCCUCGCAACAACCAGCCCCCUCGCAACUACCAGCCCCCUCGCAACAACCAGCCCCCUCACAACAUCCAGCCCCCUCACAACAACCAGCCCCCUCACAACAACCAGCCCCCUCACAACAACCAACUCCCGUACUACAUCCCCCUGAACAACAACCUCCUGUACCACCCGCUGAACAACAAAGUCCAGAGCGAGCCAGCAAAAAACAACUUGAACUUAGAGACAGCCCCGUCAGUCCUGAACCAAUUCCUAACCCUGAAGCACCUUCCACUAGCAAUGAAUGUCAGGAAACCGACCAUGGGGAGACUCCAACAACUGGCAAAGAAGUUAACUUAGAAAAAGAAGUAAAUAGUGUCCCUGAAGCCAAUGUCAUUGAAUACACCGUUGAAGUUAGCAUAGAAAAUCAAAUAGAAGAUGAAAAACAGUCUGAUGAUGAAGAAAAACUCAUUUAUGAAGAUGAUAUUCUUGAAGAUCCUCAAGAAAAACCCCCAGAAAUGAACAGGGAAGAAAAAGAAAACCCAUAUAGUUGUGAUAUAUGUAAGAAAAAGUUUGAGUUGAAGAUGGAUUUGAUAGAACAUGUUAUGAUACAUAUACACAUGGAGGAAGAAGACAAAUAUGAUGUUGACAACGUGUCAAGCACGGAAGACAAGGAUUAUGUGAAUGAAACUAGGACAAGUAUAGAAAUUGAAGAAGAGAAGAUUGAUAUUGUAGAGAAUAUGCAAAACACAGAGACAGAAGACAAAGGCAACGUUGUUGAAGUCUUGCCAGGCAUCGAGCAUGAUGUUGCUAUAAUUAUGCAAAGCUUGGAACGAGAUGAGGACAAGAAUGAUGUUGAAAUCAUGCCAACGGAACAGGAAGACAAAGACGAUGUUGAGACCAUACCAAGUACGGAGCAUAAUGUUCAAAUCCUGCCAAGUACGGAGCAUAAUGUUGAAGUCCUGCCAAGCAUAGACCACGAUGUUGCUGUAAUAAUGCAAAGUAUGGAACAAGAUGAGGACAAGCAUGAUGUUGAAAUCCUGCCAAGCACGGAUCAUGAAGUUGAAAUCCUGCCAAGCAUAGACAACGAUGUUGAUGUUAUCAUGCAAAGCAUGGAACAAGAGGACAAGCAUGAUGUCGAAAUCGUGCCUAACAUGGUGCAUGAUGUUGGAAUCAUGUCAAGCACAACACAGGAUGACAAAGAUGAUGUUAUCGAAAUCAUGCCAAGUACAGAACAGGAACAGGAAGAUGUUGAAAUCGUGCCAAGAACAGAACAGGAAGAUCUUGAAAUGGUGCCAAGUACAGAUAAUAAGCAUGGUGUUGAAAUCGUUCCGAACAAACAAGGGGAUGAAGGCAAUUUAAUUGAAACGUUGCCAAGUAAGGAGCCGGAGGAAAAGGCUGAAAUUAUAGAUCUUGCUGAUGAUCCUGAAAUUAUUGACCUUGUCGAUGAUGAUGAUGAUGAAGACGAAGAGAAUAGACCAAGUGUGGAGAUGGCAGUGGAUAACCCAGUUGAGGAGAAUGAACAACCAAGCCUCUCUCUGCAAAAGUUCGUGCCGCGUGACUGCUUCGUAAGGCUAGACCGUUGCGACAUCUCGCGCUACAUAAUAACAGUUCGAAAGCCCGCCAAAACCUCCAGCGCACCCGAAACUAACCCCAAUGACACUGACAAACACCAACAUAGUAACACAAACACAUACGACUGCGACACAUGCGGCAGAUCAUAUAGGCAGAAAUGUCAUCUCAAGCGACAUAUCAAAAUGCAUUUGCUGACUAAAUUUAAAAAGCCAAAGAAACGAAAAGAAUUCAAAGAACCGCUGUACCCUUGUGUAGUAUGCGACAAAAAGUUCACGCGACCAUAUUCGUUAAAGAUGCAUGAAAGAAUUCACACAGGUUUGAAGCCAUACUCCUGUGAAUACUGUGAUAAACAAUUCGCAGUUUUAGGAUGCUAUGAAAUACAUAAACGGGUCCAUACAGGUGUAAGACCGUACUCAUGCAAGUUGUGUAAAAAAACGUUCACGCAAUUCGGCCAUUUGAGGACGCAUCAACGAAGCCACACUGGAGAGAAGCCUUAUUCCUGCGAAAUAUGCAAGAAGAGUUUUACGCGCUCCACUCAAUUAAAAACACAUAUGCGGAUACACACCGGUGAGAAGCCGUACUCAUGUGAGACAUGCCAGAGACAGUUCAAGGAACAGAGCAUUUUAAAAAUGCAUAUAAGAAUACAUACAGGGGAGAAGCCAUACUCUUGUGAUGUAUGUAAAAAAGGUUUCUCACAAUCAAGCGCUUUAAAAGUGCAUAAACGAAUACACACCGGUGAGAGGCCUUACGGUUGCGAAACAUGUCAGAAGCGGUUCGCAGAUUUGAGUACUUUGAAGGCACAUAGGCGUAUACACACAGGGGAAAAACCGUACUCCUGUAAGAUGUGCAAUAAGGCGUUUACUCAAUUGGCUAAUUUAAGGAUGCAUGAGUGGCGAAACUCGUGUACAAAAAAAGACGAAGCUGUUAUUACGCCUUUCCCCUGAAAGACUGAACUGUGUUCUCGUUGUUGUUAGUGCAAUUUUUUACUGUAUUUAUUGUCUGAACAAACUUGUCAAUAUUAACCUGGCCAACUUGUAAAAAAAACUUGUUUUUUUUAACUAGGCAAUUUUUUUUAUUCUUGUUAAAUAUGAAUAUUGAACAUUAUAAAAAGGUACUAAUGCCGCUUUGCUUCUGACUAUCAAUGAAUGUAUUUAACAACUAUAUUCACUGCCGAUAAAAUUGUAUUU